CAAAAAUCUGAGACAUGUAUUGGUGACGGCUUCAUAGGAGAAACACAUCAUCAGGCGACCAGGGACCCAGGCCACCCUGGAAGGCGUUGGGAUGAGCAACUCCAGCAGCGCGGGACACGCCGGGGUCCGGUGCUCGUUGAACGACCCCGUGCAGUUUGUGGUAGUGCCGGCCGUCUACUGCCUGGUCUUGUGCGUGGGGCUGCCUGGCAACGUGGCGGCCCUCCUCGUCUUCCUGCAGAACGGACAGGUGAGGAAGGCCAUCCGCAUCUACCUCAUCAACCUCACCCUGGCGGACAUCUUCUUCAACCUCACCCUGCCGUUCUGGAUCCCUUACUACCUGGCGGAAGGGCACUGGGAGCUCCCCGAGGCCUCCUGCCGCUUGGCGGGGGCUAUUUAUUACUUGGCCACCUACAGUGCCAUGGCCUUCAUGACUCUCAUCAGCUUGAACCGGUACUGCACCGUGGCCAAGCUGGAGCUGGCUCUGAACAAGCCUCCGGGGGCCCUUGCGGGAUGUGUCGUGGCCUGGGUGGCCUGCCUGGCCUGCGCCGUCCCUUCCUUGGUGACCCAGCAGACCCACCAGGCGGCCUCCAUCAGCCUGAAAUGCUUCGAGCAACACGCCGGCCAAAGGACCUACGCUUACGCCAUGGUGGCUCUCUUUGCGGCAUCUUUCCUGGUCGUGUUGGGCGCCUACCUGUCUAUCAUGAGGUCCCUUUCUGCUGCGGCCAGUGCCUGUCGAGGAGGGCACCGGCGGAGGGCCCGCGCCAUGGUCCUGGGUAUGCUCCUGGUGUUCGUGGUCUGUGUGGCCCCCUAUCACCUCUCCCUGGUGCCCUGGGUAACGGGUCGGAGGGCCGCUCCGGUCUGCAGUCCUCCCUCAUUCCUAGACAACCUGCACAUGCUGAGCGUGGCACUGCUGAGCCUCAAUAGCUGCAUGGACCCCAUCAUCUACUGUUUCUCUGUCAAGCGCUUCCGGACCGAUUUGUGGUCAAUGGUGCAGAAAGUGGCUCACGGCUACCCUCGCCCUUCUCCGCCCCUGCCACCCCUGCCGCCACCAUCAGGAAACAGAGUUCUGCCCAAUAUCAGGUCAUCAUCCUUAACCUCCUCAUAG